AUGGUAAUAAUGGAGAGCUGCUGUUUACCAGAAAACAGUUACAACGAGUUAUGGCAGGAAAUAGAACGAUGCCAUUUAAAAUACUUGGAGAUGGACGAGAGUCCUGAGAAGAUUGCAGAGAAAUAGGCUAGAGGAAUAUAUUUACGAUUUUCUAUGUGUCUCUGGGCAUUACCACAAAAUUCGGCUUCCAUGAAACUGCAGAAGUAUUAGAGUUUUUUUAGUCACAAGAAGGAUUUUAGCGCUUACAAAGCAGUAAUGGGAUUCAGUGCUAUACAACUUUAUGCAGGAAAUUUACUGGCACAACCUUGGAGGAAGGAAUACAAAACAGUUAAGAUCUUUCUGUGGUUGUUUAUAGCAUCAAGCUGAAGCAACUUAUGUAGGGGAGCAGAGAACUAUUUGAAGUAUGGGUACAGAUAGCUAUCGUGGGUACGGAUGUUAAUUCUCGAAGAUCCCAUUUCUCCAGACAGAAUCACAGCUGUGUCGAGGGAUUGCUUAAUAGCUUAUGUGGAAUGUCAGAUUCUAAAGCUAAUAUGGGAAGAAGUUGGAAAAACGUUCAAAAUUUCGUGGUUUGAAGUGGUAGAGUUCCGAAGAACCCACAUCUGUAGUCCAGAGAAAUGCUCAAAUGCACUUAAAUGCAGGCAUCACCAGCGACAAUAUCAAGAACACAACAGAAGCCUUUCCCAAGGAUCGAAUCCGUACGGCUCAGUGCGAUGCCAAGCCAUACCAGUUCCUGUAGUUUCUCCCUUGAUUCCUAUGAAUAAUUCUUUUCCUCCUCCUAACACGCACCACCACGUUGGGCUACCUCCACAACCGGAGUAUUUGGCGAAUGGAUAUUGUCCCCGAACUUACCCUGCUUAUACUUUACCUUAUAAUUCUCCUGUUUUAAAACCUUGUAUUAACGAUUAUUACAGUAUUCCUGUUCAGCCAAACAAUAUUUAUGCUGUUCCUACGGCUAAGUUAAUAGAAGUUGAACCUAAUUCUCCAUCUGCGUAUGACACAGUCGACCACCCUUCCUAUAGAUCUAGGCAUUCAAGAAAAUCUAGUGAUAUUGAUUACGACGCUAUGAAUAAUGGUGUUGAAGUGAAAGACUCCCAGCUGGAAGAUUGGGAUUAUGUUUAUAAAAACCUUGAAAGUCAAGGAUACAACAAAGAUUUAGGCGAAAGGGGCGAUGUUCUUAGUCCUGUAUCAAACAAAAACCUCAAAGAGAACAAAAAAGUAAAACAAACAAAUUUGGACGAUGCUUUCAAUCACUUAAGCGUUCAUGAUAGACCGUUUAAAAGUAAACGACGCCCCCAAGAAAGCUCCAAAGACUCUCGAAGCUACCAAAACUCUUCCUAGAGAAAAACCUGCGACUGUAGAAAAAGCCAUCCAGGCUAGGACUGUUGAAAAGAAACCAAAAGAAAAGAGGACAGAACAGUUAAGAAAAAACCGGUAGUGAAACCCACGACGAACGAUUCUCCCAAGGACAGUAUUAAAUGGACUUGUAAAACUUGUACCUUUUUGAAUGAACUAGGGAAGGAUAUUUGCGAGAUGUGCGGAAAGAGUAGGAAUCUUAAAGACGAAACUCCCAUUGAGGUGGGAGGAGCUGAAUGUAGCAAAUGUACUUUAGUAAACCCAAAGAAUAUGAAAGCCUGCCAAGCUUGUGGGACUAGUCUCGUAGGAUCGCCAACGUAUAUAUAA